AUGAUGGAUUUCGAGUUCUAUAGGAAUAAUCCACCACCACCGUUUUUGUGCGUGGACGUGUGCCAAAUAUCGCCUUCUCAGUCGGCUUCGACGCUUUCUGUUGCUUCAGCAGGAGCGAAUUCGGCUAGCCCACCUUCAGAAGUUCCACCUUCAGAAGUGGCUGAAGCCGCCAAUUCAGCAGCCACCGAAUUCGUUCGAGAGUCGUCUAUUGACAAUCUUCCCGACAGGGCCUUGAUCCAUGUUGCACCAGAUGAAUCCACACUCGAGCGAGCUUCUGCAAAUCUAUCGAAAUGUCAGGAGGAACUGCGAGAAAUGAAAAUGGAGGCAAUUAAAGCACGUUUGCUGAGAAACGAAGAAAGGCGAUUAGCUCGAUUGGAGGCAGAGAAGAUGCCGAAGAGUUUUCUUUUGCAUGGAGCAGUAUCGCCAGUCAAACUCUAUAUUUACAGAGAGCUCACCUAG